AUGACCAAUACUGUUAGCUUCACCGAUUCUUCCAUCAAUUUGCUGUUGUUCCUGUUGUUAUCUUUAUCUUCUGAAGUGGGAGACUGCAACGCAAGUAUUGAUGCAUUGAAGCCAUGCUUCGAAGAACACACUGAUCAGCGGCUAUCGAAUUUGUUGCCAUAUCAUAGCGAAUGGCGAAUGAAAACACCGGGACAGUGUUUACUGUUUUGUGCACUUUCUUCGUCUCGUUGUCGAUCUACAGUCCAUGACACCUUUCAACACAUAUGCUAUUAUUUCUUGCAUGAUGGUCAGGAGUAUGCACGAACAGCUCGUGGCAUGGUUUAUUUCCGAGUAAAUGAAAAAAAAUGCUUAGAUCAAUUUCUAAACGGCUCCAACCUUGCAUUUCUGGAUUCAGAAUUCGCAAUCUCGGGAAUAUCAUCGUCUACCCCGAAGUACGAUACUAGCACGAGUUUUACUGAGUUACAAUGGCCAGCAGUAGCGCAUUCAAACCCGCUGAUUCAUGUACCACCGGGUGGUCGAGCUAUAACUCCCACUCCUUAUUUUGAUUAUUUUGAUAACCAACAAAAAUUCAAGAAGCAUGAAAAGUUCGACGAAUCGAACCCUACCAUUGCAACUUCCAUUAUGACUACUGAUAAAACCGUCAUUUCUGCCAGUAGUAUCACUGUUAGUGCUUUUGCUUCUUGGCCAAUUGCAUUAUCAAAAGUACUCUCUGAUGGAGAAGAUCAACGAUUACGACGAAUCUGCCCAACUGAUACCAGCUUCCGAAUUUUCGUCGCCAAUCUUUCCAAUGUCCUUAUCCACGCACAAAGAAGAUUCGCAUUGGAACAAUCAACGCAUGAAACACGUUCCUCUGAUGAUGCAUUAUCUUUUGUCGGAAACAUUGGGAAUCUUCCAGCAGUUGGCGCAAAUUUCGGAAAAAAUCGUCAGAAAGACGAUGUCAACUUGAAUAAACUAUUGAAAGCGACUCCGGAAGACGUAAGACAAUUAAUGAAUGCAGAAAAGUUAGAUGAGAGCACAAAUGAGACAUCACUGAAUGCUGAGAAAUCCAUUGUGGAUAGAUUAACGCCAAUCUCGGCAGUUAAAUCAAUCUCAAAGUCACUCUCCAAACGAAAUGGUAGAACGGAAAGGCUUCUUCCACCAGCAGUAGUAUGUGAAAGUAAUGAACGUGAAGUAUGGCUGAUUGUGGAAAAUGCCGUAUUGCGAACCGAUCAGUUGCAAAAGAAAGCAAGUGCUGGGUCAUAUAAGUCUUGUAGAGCCAAGUGUAACCUUAUCACUAUUUCCGGGAGAGAAUGUACUUCUUUUACAUAUGAUGAAGUUAAACGACAAUGCGUGACACAUAUCAACAACGACGCGGUCGUUUCUUCUCUACAUUUUCUACUAUCAUCUGAAUCUGACUUCAACAUUCUAACGGCUGUUAAAUUCUGCUAUCCAGAAAGUUUAAUUAUUCUCGAACAAUGUUCGGAAUUCAUCGCGUUCCUGGAUUAUGCCAUAAAUAUCGAACCCCGGGAGAUUUCUGAUGAUAUUGCGAGAGAUCAUCAUGGAUUAUACAGAUGCAUUGAGCUAUGUUUCUCGGCAUCUCAUUUUCACUGCAAGUCGGCAGCAUUUGUUGUCACUUUGGGCAAAUGCUUGCUAUACGAUGAAGAUCCAUUGUCAAGUCCUGAGUAUUUCCAAAAGCACCAACAGUAUGGAUUGAUUUAUUUCGAGAUUGGAUGCAAACAAUUUGAUGGGAAACAGAGUUGGAUCAAUUUCUGUCAAGAUCUUAAUAAACCUUAG